AUGACGAACAUCAAAAAGGUCGCCAUUCUGGGGGCCACGGGAUCCCUUGGAGAGGUCCUUGUUCCCUCACUCAUUGCCGCAGAUUUCGACGUAACUUGCAUCCUACGCAAGGAUAGCAAGUCGCAGCCUCCAGAAGCAGUGCGGGUUGUGAAGGCAGAGUACACCGACACUGCAUUGCUCACCGAAGCUUUGCAAGGCCAAGAUGCAGUAGUAGAAGCGUUCAACCCUGCAGCAUCCGUCCAUCAAACAGCCAUCCUCCAGGCUGUCCUCGCCGCCGGGGUGAGACACAUUAUCACACCAGACUUCAGUGGGAACACGUUCCACCCUAACGCUAAGGAUGUUCUCAUUUUCAACCCCAAGCUGGAGGCACAGAGGGAGCUGGAGAGGGUGGUUGCCGAGUCUCAGGGGAGAUUGUCAUGGACAGCGAUUGUCACCGGGCCGUGGUACGACUGGACGAUCAAGAAGGGGAUAUUCUGGAUCGAUCGAGAGAAAAAGAUCGUGACAAGGUACGGUUCGGGAGACCAGAAGUACAGCAUGAGUCGCCAUGCGCUCAACGGCGAGGCUUUGGUCGCGGUGCUCAGUGACCCUGGAAGAUACCAGAAUCGACCGGCAUAUUUCGCCAGUCACACUGUCUCGACGAACCAGAUUAUCGGAAUCAUCAAGGACUUGGGUCUCGAAGGAUGGAAUGUUGUGGAUGUUGAUUUCGAUGGCCUUUUUGAGAAGGCACACAAGAUGUGGCAAGAGGACACGGAUAAUGGCGUCCAGGAUAGGUUGAAGUCCAAAGCUUACGCGGCGCUAUCUACAGUGGCGCUGUUGGAUGAAGCGAACCGAUAUGGUUCGAACUUUGAGAAAUUGGUAGAGGAUGGCUAUGAUGAAGGGGACGCGAAGUUAAGAGAGAACUUGGCCAAAUUACUUGGCUAG